GGGAGAGUUUUACUCAUGUGUCAAAUGGCUGUCGGUUUUUCAACUGCAUUUCCACUGAUGCUCGACAGAUUUCCAAAAAUAGUCGAAGUUAUCGAUGAAGUGAAAAACGAGAGCAUAUUCGUAAGGAACAUCCCUCUUCUUCCACGAUGCUGGAUUUCACUCACAAUGUCUGAAUAUAGUUACCUUGCCUACUGGACUUUGGUAGUAAUAUUUAUUUGGACUCUCAGUAUUGCAACUGUUUGUUGUAAUGUCUUCGUUUAUGGUUUCGGCUUAUACGUCUACACUCAAUUCGAAAUUUUAUCAACUAGUGUUAAUAUAAUUAAUGGCAAUGAAAAUAUAAGUGAGCAGCGCAGGUUAAUCAAAAUGUUUGCUAAACGACACAAUCAUCUAUUGAAUAUUGCUAAUGAUUUGGAAAAUGGAAGUACGUUUAUUAUUUUAAGUGAGGUUACUGUUAUCAUUUUCGUUGGAUGUAUCGCUGGAGUUAUGCUACUUAUUGGAUUACGAGAUCAUGACAGUCAAACGAUUAUCGCAAUGGUCAUCAGAUUGACAUUGGUUAUGAUGCAAUUGUUCAUCUACAAUUUCAUGGGUGAAUGUUUAUCGAAUCAAACUGAAAAAUUACAGACUGCAAUUUAUAAUUGUCCUUGGUAUGAACUGUCAUCUCGUACUGCUAAAGAUAUGAAACUCAUCAUGAUACGGAGUAACAACCCAUUUCGUCUAACUGCCGGUAAACUAUCUGAUAUGAAUUUAAUUUCUUUUAAAUCUGUUGUAAAGUCGAUGUUUUCAUUCUUCUCGGUGUUAAGACUUAUGCUACAAAAUUGAUGUCAAUUUUCUAUUUUUAGUGAAUAGAUUAUUACGAUUAUUGAAAAAUUAGUCAAGAG